ACACACACACACACACACACACACACACACACACUGUGUGUGUCAUGUUGUUAUCUUAACUUCCAUUACAUAAGACUACAGUACAUAGUCACCAGUGGCACGGUAUGUUCACACUUCAGAGACAUCUGGAUCGUAUGGGGAAAGGUAAGACAAGAAACUAAGAGUCCAAGAUGGCGAAUGGACCGUCCCUGUCCACUGUCACACGCUCCCUCUCACUGUUGGACGUUCCCCAUGCAAAUCAGUUUGAAGGAAAGUCUUUAGAUCCAGAAAUACUUGAGGAGACGGAGGAAAACUUUUACAGAGGGGCCCCACCCGAAUGGUUAAACUUUCACAUCAGUGAACAGGCAGAGUUAGAUGGCACCGGAUCUCCUUUCAUUAAACGAGAUGGAUACGAUAAACUUGUGGAUCAAAUUCACAAGUUGAGAAAACACCCUGGAAUAUCAACAGUCAAACUGUUCCACCAGCCAGGAUGUGGGGGGACAACACUGGCCAUGAAGGUGUUGUGGGACUUUAGGAAAACUUUAAGGAGUGCUGUUUUAACAGGCUCAACCUCGGACAUCACAAAGGUUGCAGAGGAGGUGGUCCACCUUUUCACAGCAGGCAGUCAAGGCGACCAGAAGACUGUGCUGCUGUUGGUGAAUGGUGUGCACGUUUUGGAAGAUCUACAAGUAAGCAUUAUCAGGGCGAUUGCUAAUCAGAAGAUAGUCACCCGUAUGCCUGUGGUGGUUUUACUCAGUUGUAUUAGAGAAGAUGCAGAUUUAAAGAGUGAUGAUGUCUUCCUUCAAGAAGUGCUUUCUGACUCAGAGAAGAAUCAUUUUAAUGACAAAAAGUCAGAGCUCAACAGGAAGUAUGGUGAUAAAUGCAAUCGAUUCCAUGGCUUUAACAUAAUGCAAAGCAACUUUUCUGAGGCUUACAUCCAGGAGGCGUGCUCUGUAUUCAAAACCAUCAAAGAAACAGGAAUACAAGAGAAAACCCAGCUUGCUGCCUUCCUUUCCCUGCUGAACGCAUAUGUACCAGACUCUUAUCUCCUUGAGGCUCAGUGCCUGGAUGUGUUCAAACAUGCCAACUACAGUCAUAGAAACAUAUCACUGGAAGACAUGCUGGACGACUUUAGCCAUCUCAUUAUCACUAUCCAACUAGAUGGUUCUGAAAAAAGAGUCCGCAUGGCCCACCCUCUGAUAGCACAGUGUUGUACUGAACUGAUGGCUGAUGCAGGUGUGACCAGAAGUGACACAGCGAAAAACCUCUUGACAUGUUUGUGCAGAGAUAAAGUCCCUCGAUCUUUGGUUGGUUUUGUCAAAUACAUGCUAACCAAAAGAAGACCAAAACAAAAAGAAAAGGGAAGAGAAGAGAACCCAAUACAUCCUACAGAGAUGAAAGAGGAGAUAGAUUCAUUUUCUAGACUGAUUCUACAUAUUCAAACAAAGGAGGACAACUCUCAGUGUCUAUCACUUUUAGGGAUGGCAACAAAUAUGUUUGAUCGAAAUCCGUUUUUUCCACAAGCACUUGCUCGUUUUCAUUGCAUAGUACUAAGAGACUACGAUGAGGCAGAAAUGUGGGCAAAGGAGGCAAAACAAAGAGAUCCCAAAAACUCAGUUGUUGCUGAUACACUGGGCCAAGUCCAUAAGAACCGUCUGAAGACCCUGAGGCGACCGGCCCAGCCAGGAGGCAUUUUGGCUCUUGCCUUAAAGGCCAUUAGAGCUUUUGAAGACGAAGAAAGACUUGCCGAAGAUGAAGUUGGGACAAAGGUGAAAAUAAAAGGCUAUUUCCAUGUCUCACGUUUCUUUAACAGCGGAGGGAUGUUUGGUUUCCUGCAGGUCUGCAAUCUUGUGUAUGACCUACUUGUCAGUCAGAACCCAACUUGGAGAGGAGUUCUCACGAAGAAGGUGUCUUUGGGCUCGGCCCUGCCAUCUCUUGGAGAUCGCUCACUUUUAAGAUUCAAUGGUCUCAUAAACAGACUCAGAGAUGCAGUUGAGAAAAAAUGUGCUUUUCUCGACGGGUAUCUGACUUACUCCAAGCCUGACAUAAAGGAAGACGAUCCAGAAUACAUUUCAAGAGAAACCUCGGCUUGCUACAGGAAGUAUGUUGGAGACUCCACAUCCAGCCAUUUGAAAGAAAAAGGCGCUGAUCUGAUCCAGAAACUUAAACUCAAACAGGCUGGCACCACUACGGGAGUCCUCUCAUGUCUUGACAGAGAAUGCACUGAAUCGGACCUUAAAGAAAUAACUACAUUGUGGGAGGAAAUCUGUCUUCAUAAAGAUCCGGUCACAGCUAUGGUCAACAACAUCUUCGCUCAUAUCAUGUUAAGAAAUAUGGGAGCAACAGAGUCUGAUUGCAAACAUUUAACUGCAUUCAAACAGGAAAUGUACCCGAUCCUCACGGAUAAACCUGAGCCCCAUAUGUUAGCCCUCCUCUUGCACUGGCCUACAGACAGUGAAGACACAUGCAUCCUUGACCUCAGUGCAAUGAUUAAGCGUACGCAAGACCUGUAUAAACAAGCAUAUGUGAAACACUUUCGCUCAAGAUACCUUCGCCCUCUGUUUUUCAUCGGAAAAGGUCAAGAACUGAACAGGAUAGUUCACAGAAAGGUCCUAGAGGGGUCCGUUCUUCAGGGCGAUUGGGAGACAAUGCAAGAUUGGAGCGUUGAGAAGAUCUUCCAAGAUCCAUGGGUCAAAGAACGCCUUCUUAAAGUUCAAGGGGAGAUACGAGAGUACAGACUCUUUGCAACUGUUGAGGGGAAAGAGAUUGAGGUGGAUGCAAACCUCCGAAACAGCCUCUGGAGAAAACGCAAGGUGUCCUUCUACCUUGGAUUCACCAUCAAAGGUCCUGUAGCCUUUGCCAUCCAGACUGAAACUGCAGACAAGAAGGAAACACUCUCAGAGAUGGAUUCCUCCAAACCACGGCCUUGUGGGUUGUUGAAGUUUGAAGCUUGUUGCGAUGAAAUGGAUGCCAGGGAUUUGACAAAACUUAAACCUGAAGUCAACCGAGUGGAUGAGGUUCAAACCUUUAGCCUCCAGUCUGAUGCAGGCAACUAUGAAUGCAGUGUGUCUGGCCUGCGCUGGGUGUGUAAGGAAGAAAUCAGCUUCAAAUACAAGUUCCUCUCAUGGGAGGAACACAUGAGGAGUCCAGUUUGUAAGGAUUACAUGCCAGCAGGACCCCUCAUGGACAUCACAGUCACAUCUGGGGAGAUAGAAGAAGUGCAUCUGCCACACAGGGUCUGUAUCGAUCAAAACUCUGCAUUUUCUGGCCAGUUUGCGGUUCUUCACGUGGAUCCCUGCUGUGAUGUUGUGGAAGAAGUAGCUAAAGUGACAUCGUCCCACAUCAAGUUUCUCCAGCCAACCUUCCCUCCAAGGGGGGUCAUGAUCCGAAAGAUGGCGGGAAUCCAGUUUUACUACGACGUGUUGAUAUACAAGACGAACAAAGAGUUCCUCACGUUGGAAGUUUAUGUGGUGCCGCGCCAUUCUGCUCUACGACAGGUGUCUGUUUUGUUCAAUCAAACAGAAGUGGAAGAAAAGCAAAAGUCUUCUGGAUCAAUACUAAUCCUAAACCCAGGUCCAGACAAGUCCAUGCAAAUGGGAGAGCAUGUGUCCCUCACAACAGACCAGGCAGAUGCAAUCAUUCAACCCAGCGCCCGAGAGCUCAGAUAUGAAAGCAUUUUCUUUGAGGUGUUGAUCAGAAACGCCGACAGCGACUUCACCCUCAGGCUUCAAAGUGGGAAAGAGACUCCCUGGACCUGUACCAUUCAUAAAGGAGACUACCAAAAUCAAAGCGCUGAUCAUUAACAAGGUAAGACGAGAAAGACGUUGGAUUGAUAAGGGAUAUCAGAUGACUUCAAACACUAUUGCUACCUUGCUCUUCAUCACUUUCUCAGUUCCUUGAAGAAUUUAACACAUAACUGGAAAUUCUACUUUUCAGUGUUAAUUUUCUUUGCCUUUUUCCCCUGCGUCACAUCAGCAUUUUGUGGGUCGUCAUCAGGCAGCUCUGAUCGAGCGUUAAAGGACCUUUCCUGGAUUAACUCAAGGAAAAUAAGGUGAUCUCUCAGACCUACGAUGUGAGGGGGAUGAAGAGUGGGGGGGGGUUUCCUGUUUCUGAGCUACAGGGAUCAGGAUGAAGUAUGGGAAAAUAAAAGGUCGUAUUGUUAUCGACGAUUGAAGCAUCUGCUGUGAAAAUCAGUGCCACAGAACAGCUUAAUAUCAGCACUCAGAAGACCAGAGUGACGAUAUGUUGCUCCUUAAACUCUUUUAAAAAGCACCUAUUUUUGUGAUUUAUUUGUGGAUUUGUGAAAUCCUGAAAGUCAUAAGACUUAUUUUAUUUUUUUAUAUAUUUUUUCAUAUAUUAAUAAUAAUAAUUAAUUACAUGUUUUAUUAGAGCGUUUUUCAAGGCACUCAAAGCGCUUUACAACUACACAUUACACGUAUUAGACAUGUGUAUAUCUUUCUUUUCAUGUUUAAUUUCUUUCUUUGAAAUAGUAUUUUACUCUUAGCCAAAUAGGUGAUGCAAACCCAAUGUAUGUCCAGUUCAAAAAACAGAUAUUAUAAUGUUGAAAUACUUUUUUUUAUCUAUCGCAGUUCUAAAGCUUUUGAGAGUAGAAUAAUUCAUCAAAGAAAUGAGAGAAAGAGUCCGUGACUUUUGAUAUGUUAGAUUUGUAUGACUAAUGAAGAGAGUGAAGUUUUUUUGUUGGUUUGGUUCUUUAGUGCCAAAAAAAUGUAUGUCGUUGAAAUGUUAAAAAAAACAAAGUAACAGAAUUGGAGCAAUAAAUAGGACAAUGUCUUGCGUUGUAAAAAUUAGACUUGGUUUUAAUGUCUUCAAAUUGUCACAAAAGAAAGUCAAACAUGAAUGUGUACAGUUCUUUUUUUAUGCAAAUGAUCACCUUAAACAGCAGUGAAUAAAUACAAACAAUUAAACACAGGUAACCAGAUCUAACAUGUGAGUGACGAACAGUUUAAGGAGUCAGGAAAGUGAAAGUGGAGAAGGUGAGUCUGGGGUCCUAUUAGGCGAUCUUCGCCUUGAGACCCUCGAGUUCAGGACGGCCCUUGAAGCGAGCUUUGUAAUCCACCUCUGUGUGCUGAGAGGAAACAGAAAGAGAGAUCAUUAGUGGGAGAUAACGGGUGUCCAUGACAGAUAUUUGUGGUUAAAGUGUUUGUCUCUGACCGAAGGGUAAGCCCUGCAUCAAUGGAUGGAAGUCACUUCAUUACAAAAAGCAAAGAAUUCCCAGAAACCUUUCUCCUUAUUUAUGUUCCUUGAAUAGACCCUUACUCUGUUAAUGAUUGUUUUGAUUUGUUUUUUGUAAAAUGCCAACUGUUUUUUUGUUUUUUUUAUCUAUACUGUAUUUGCACCAUUCAAUGUUAUUGACUCAAAUAAGUGCCUUAAAGGAUUGUAAAUCACUCUUGACUAAUAAAGUUUUAAAAAAUAAUUAAGAUGUGUUUGACUGCAUAAUGAAGACUUGUGUUGGUUAGGGGUAUGCAUAAUGAUGAGGUGUUUCAUCUGGGUUCUUAUUUAAUAUGAGUUUAAGUCUGUUUUAUAAUGGUUUGGGCUUUGUUUUUUAUCUUCUAAAAUAAAAUAAUUGAACAAACA